UAUUUGCUUCUUUUUAUUUUGACUAGCUUGAACAUAGAUCUCUAGCAAUUGAAUCGUUUCUACGUACAAGCCAAAGUGGUGCUCGCCCCUAUUCUGUUUUACUAAAGCGACCAAAGAACUAGUAGCCACCUAGAAUUAAACAAAACCAUUGCGAAUGGGCACGAAAAGGAAGAGCGUCGACAUUGAAGCGUGUAAUUCCUGUGAGAGUCUCCAGACUGACCUGAAAGUUAAAAUAGAAGGAAGAAGCUUUAAAUUUAAUAGAGUACUAACUGAUGCUAUAUCACACUUUUAUCGAGAAAGUUCCAACAUGAUCGAAAACAUAUCUGACAAUCUUCAUGAGAUCAACUUGUCCGCUGAGUCGUUUGAUGAAUUCUUGUAUACCGUCCCUAGUUUUCGUAAAUGUAUUAAUCCCCUGGGUAUUACCAUACCAGGUUUUUCAAAAUAUGAAGAGAACUUAGGGUCAACUGAAAACCAUUUGGAACUCUGGGAAGCUGUUAGAGUCAUGAAGAUUCCUUCCCUCAUAAGAAACUGCGAAACUAAAGUAGGCCAGAUCAUUUCCGAGGACAAUUUUGAGAGAAUCUACACAAAGGCCAAUCACUACAAGUCCGACAUCGUUCUGUGCAGGGCUAGAAAAUAUCUGGACUAUUUCUUUAUGAACAAUUACAACAAGAAUCUUACACUCAUUUUAACUUACGAAGAUUUGUUUCGCCUGAUCAAAAGAUGGCCAUUCCAUCAUGACGAAAUGCAAGACACUGUUUUGAGGUCCAUUUUUGAAUGGGCUGAAAAUGUUGACGAUCAAGGCAGACCUGCAGUUGCGUGCAAGGACGAUGUCGUCAUGCCAACUCAGAAAAGAAGGAAAUAUGAAAACAAAGCUGUGGGCAAGAAAGUCAAGAAGGUUCAGGAGGAGCUAUCUAUGCUCUCUAAAAUUCUAAAAGCGUCAAAAAUUAAUUCCGCCAGCAUUGAGUGUCUUGAGGAGCUCUCCAAACAUCCUUUGUGUGAACAAGACCGCGAAGCAAAGCUUAUCGUAACUAAAGCAAUGAACUACAAGCUAGACAGAAAUACUCAUGGAUACUGGCCUCCUGACGCUCUCUAUGGAAACAGUCUAGGUUACAGACACAUUGGUGUUUUGGCGGACAACGAUCGAGUAAGCGCUUUGGUCCUCGGACAACGUAAUUGGAUAAGAUUUCCAAGAUGUCCUCUCCAUACAAAAAUAACAAAUUUAACUGUCUUUGAUAAUGAGCUGUACGCCGUCAGCAGCACAGGUUUAGAAAGUUUGAUCUUCGUGUAUAGAAAGAAAGAAUGGACAUUUCUUUUAGAUCUCCCAAAUAAGGACUAUAGUGUAGUCUCCAAAGGAAGCUUCGUUUAUGUCAUAGACGGCACAUGUUGCAGCGUGAAAUGUGUGUCGCCGAGAGAGACUCCAGUUCUUCACAGCGAGAUCAAGUUCCCAGUCAUUAUGAGAAAUCCAGAGAGUGCUUUAGACUUUGACAAAAGUAUCUUGAUUUUCUGUUCCGCUGACUCUGAUGACAGGGCGGCAGUAAUGUGUUUAGAAGUGCCAGAACAUAAAUGGACUGACUGUGGAUACCUAGAAGGUUCAGCUAAAAAUAUGGUUGGAUUUAGGAAUGAAACAAUGUACUUUAUUUUACAAAGAGACGGAUCAAUUAGCCAAGUUAAAAGGAAACAAGAUAAUAGCAUUGAAUUCUUAUUGAUCAAACGCCUGUGGUCUAUUCAAAAUACUCUACGGGGAGCAUUCAUUUACAGAGAUGUACUUUAUAUCUUUUCGAAUACUCCCAUGGAGAGUUCAUGUCUUCGUGGAGUUUCUGGCAUGUUUCGUGAGAUCGAGUACUGGUACCAAGAAGAAGAAGCUGGUAACUUUGUGCAAUAUUAUAUUCCAGUGCUCGAUAUCUGUCGGUCAGAAAAAAUACGUGAUACACAAAUUAGUCUAGCAUAGCGUUACGUUUGCUACACCUAUAUGGAGAUUAGCAAAACUUAUUUUGAAACAUGAAAAAUGUAUUUGAAGAAUAUUAUUUUCUAUAGCGUUACAUGGUGCACACCAUAAGCAACUUAAACAUUGCGAUCAUGAUGUUCUUGAGGAAGGCGAGAAAUGGUAUAUACAAGGUUUGAAACCACUUUGCUGUGUGUCGACACUUGAAAGUGCAUAUGAAACGACCAGCUAAGUGGAAGGGAAGUUACAUAUUUCAUCGAUCGCUCGAUAACUGACGUGUUGAACAGUGAAUAUCAGAUUGAACUUUUUUUUUUUUGUCUUACUUUUUACUAUUCGUUAAUAUCAAUGAGUAAAAAAACGCUUGUUGCUAUUUUUAUAUUAAACUCUAAACAAAAAUA